CAUAUACCAGUUUCUUUCAUGUAUUCUCUGCACGCCUGUAGAUUUUAUAUCUUUGAGUAGAGUGUUUUGCCCAGUUUGUACUUUUUUGUACUAAUGAAUAACAUAUUUAAUACCGCUGUAGAUAUUAGGUACUGAUAUUAAAUAUUUCUGUAAGAGGAAGAUAUCUCAGAAGAAGAGAAUACUCAAUAUCCAUUCAUUGAGUUCUCAUUGAGGGAGAAAAUGCAACAAAAUUUUUGCAACUGUACAUUUGUUGUACUAUUCGCGGCUCGUUCCUUUUCUUUGAAUACACACUACGAAGGCAUGAGAACGACGACGCGUUAUUAAUUCGUCUCACACAUAGUGUUGCACGCACAUAAGAGAACAUCGUGCACGCCCACGAGCGUGCUCGAUGUCACGAGCGAUCGUGAACGAGAGUGGUGCUCAUUUAUGCGCGCACCGCGCGUGAGUCGUUCCUCGACCGUUCGCGACGACACAUCGGCUGCCAAAGAAAUCGGAUCAAAUGGAACCCCUCUGGGAAUUGCACGGCCGUCACAUAAGCGAGGCUGGUCUGCGAAGAGGAUCAGAUACUAGCGUCGUGCUGACCGAAGACACAGACAGCUUUAAGAUAGGAGACCGAGUGUGGGUUGGCGGCACGAAACCUGGUACGAUCGCCUACAUUGGUGAAACCAAAUUUGCGCCCGGCGACUGGGCAGGGGUUGUUCUGGAUGAGCCCAUUGGAAAGAAUGACGGCUCGGUGGCUGGCAGUCGAUACUUCCAGUGUGAGCCGAAGCGAGGCAUUUUCUCGAGGCUCACCAGACUCACGAGAACACCGCUAAGCGAUCCGAUCACCUCGCCGAGAACCCCGACCACACCGCCGGACAGCACCCGAAGCCUUCUCAGCAAGUCCAUGUCGCAGUCUCUAAAUGCAUCCACAACUAGCCUGUCAUCGACGAUAUCGCAGAGGACUGAUCUGAAGAUAGGUGACCGAGUGAUAGUCUCAUCAAGCCAGGGCAGUAAAACCGGCGUGCUAAAGUAUUUGGGCACCACGGAAUUCGCUCUGGGCGAAUGGUGCGGUGUGGAGUUGGACGAGCCAGUUGGCAAGAACGACGGCUCCGUCAACGACAAAAGAUACUUCGAGUGCUCGCCCAAAUAUGGCCUGUUCGCGCCCGUGCACAAGGUCAGCAGGUCGCCGUCCAAUAAACGUCAGUCCACGUGCAUGGUGCACAAACCGACCGGCGCCGCCCUUAAUGCCAGCCUGAAGAGAAGCGGCUCGCGUGAGUCACUCACCUCUCUUACGUCGAGCGUCUCCAGCAAUAUCGUCGCGAAAACUACCGGCGGCAACACCGCGAGGAAGCCUGGCAUGCGCACGUCGAUACCUGCACGAGGUUCAUUGCAGGAGAUUUUGAAGGAAAAGCAGCAGGAAAUAGACUUUUUGCGGAAGGAGCGGGAUCUGGAGCGCGAGAGGGUCACGAAAGCGGCAAGUCAGGCUGAUCAGGCGGAACAAUCAGCAUUAUCGAUCAAGCAAGAAUACGAAAAGUAUCGUGAAGAUGUACAACAAACGAUUAACGAAGCGGAGAUCACCGUUUCUAAGCUCCUUGGCGAGAAGAACGCGUUGGUAGUGCAGUUGGAAGAGGAGAAGCGGAAAUGUGAGGACCUUCUGUUUCGUUUUGAAGAGGAGUCGGUGAAUAAGGACGACAUACAGAAAGAGAGAUCUGAACAAUGUGUCAUAAAUACUGUAAAUGAAAGUAGGAUCAAGGAGCUCGAAAAAGAACUCUCAGAGGAGCGCGAGCGGGUCGUUCAGUUGGAACGUGACAAUAUCAAGCUCUUUGAAACCGAAGAGGAAUUGACUCGGCUUCGUAACGAAAUCAGUAGCGUAACGAGUCUACAAAACUCUCAGCUACAAGAUCUGGAGAAUCGCAAUCAAAGCUUGGAAGAGAUAAAAGGCAGCCUCGAGAAAAAACUGCAAGAGAAAUUGAGCUUUGCGGACGAGUGCGUAAAACGUAUUAGGGAAUUGGAAGUCGUACUGAAUGAAGCACAACAAGACAACAUAACGCACAAAGAGUUUAAAGUUCAUCUGAAAAGAGAACUAGAAGCCGCCAAUCAAAGAUUGCAAGAUAGGGAGACACUAUUGAAGAACAUGAAACUGGAAUUCGAGAAGAACACGAACUCGUUGAGCGAAGAGCUGCGGAAAUCAAAGGAGAUGAUUGAAAGAAUCGAGCGAGAGAACGUGAGUGAGAAGGACACGUUAUUAUCUGAGUACCGUCGUACGAUCGAGGAGAAAGAUCGGUUGAUAAAGGUAAAGACUGAAGACCUGGAAAACGAAACCAAGAAGCUGUUAGAGCAGCGGAGUGCUCUGGAGGGCCUAAAGGCCGAGAACGUUAAGUGUAUACAUGAACUUUCAGAGUCGUUCAAGCAACAGUUGCAUAUGAAGGACUCGAAAAUCGAGGAAAUCUUGUUGCAACUUAAUCAGAAAACAUCCGAAACCGAGAGACUGUUGAGCGAAUUAUCUGCUCAACGGGAACUGUGUGAAAAGAAAGGCAAAGAACUGGAGAACGCUUUGCGAAAGUUGGAAGAAUUAAGUACGAAGCUGAAACUAGCUGAGGAAAGUAACAAUGUACUCUCAAAACAGAUCCAAGAUUACAAAUCUAAGAGCAACGACAGUGCCAGAAUUAUUCAAGAGAAACAGAAGCUAGAACAAAACCUGGCUAGUCGGGUUGCAUCAGAAGAGAAGUCUACCGUGCAACUAAACAAGUUGAGUGAGGAACUAAAAGUGAAAGAUAAAGAACUCGCGGAACUGCGUAACGCUACUAUGGUACAAAUACAAGAAAUCACUAAACGCUUUGAGUCGCAAAUUAAUGACAAAAUCAAGUACAUCGACGAGAUAAAUGCGGACGUCGCGCAGAAGGUCCUGGUGCUUGCCAAGUUGGAGAAGGACAUCGCCGAACUGAAAGCGGUUAUUAUAAGCAAGGAUGAGCAGAUAAAACAUCUGCUCGAAAAGACCUCGGAAUUACAAGAUGCUCUCACGCUGUCCGAGCAAACGAAAACAAAUUUGGAGAGCGAGCUUCGCGUGUUUGAAUCCAAUGCACAAUCUUUGAAUCAGCAAGUUGCCAGAGCAGAAGAGAAAAUAUCGCAACUUCUGUCUCAGAAGGAGAAACUGGAAUCUGACACAGCUAGUUCAAUCAGCAGUUCCGCCAACUCGUCGGAACAACUCUCGAGGUACAAUGAGAAUCUGCGACAACGGGAGAAAGAAUUGGACGAAGCUCACGAGAAAGUCUUCCAGAUGGAUAAUACUUUGAAGCUGACGCAGGAGAAAUUAUCGAAAAUUGAACUGGAAAUGAAUAAAAGUGCCGCAUUAGUAGAACAAUUGCGUUCGGAAAAGUCAAGUUUAGAAUUGCAAAUGAGUGACGCGAAAAAAUCAAACGCCGACUAUGCUGAAAGGACUCGCGAAUUCCAGCAAAAAGAGAACGAAUUGCUGCUGAAGAUCGAUGAAGGUGAAUGUGCCAAGGAAAAGUUGGCGGACAGAUCGCGCGAGGUUACCAGCCUUUUAGAACAAUUAAAGCACAGCGAAGAACAAAUUACUGCUCUUCGAAGUCAGUGCGAAAAUCUGCAAAAAUCCCAUGAAGAAGAGACAUCUUCGCUGCGAAAAGAGAUCGCUGGCAUGUUAUCCGAAUUAUUGACAUCCCGAGAUGAGAUGAAAAAUUUACAGAAAUUGAAGAACAAGUUGGAGGCCGACCAAAGCGCGAAUCGAUGGACAAUCGAGGAGCUGACGGAAAAAAUGCAUAUUGAAUCUGAGAACGCAUUAAAAUUAUUAAAUUCAGUUCAGGAAAAAGAUUCGAAGCUUCAUGACAUGGAAAAUAAAUUGGCAGAGUUGCAGAGGAUGAACGACGCUUUGUCUACCGAUAAAGAAGCGUGCGAUAAGAAUUUAACCUCAUCAUUAAACAGCUUGACCAGCAUGAUAGAAGAGUUGAAGAACAAGUUAAAGAACGCGGAAGAAACAAUUGAAAACAAGGCGGACAGACUAUUGGAGGCGAAAGUGGAAGUGGAAAAAUGUCACACACAAAUUGCUGAACUGAACACCGCAGUCUCCUCCAUGCGAGAGGAGCAAAUGCGUAAUGCUGACGAAUUGAAGAACGCACAAGAAACACUUACGCAACAACAAAGCAUAAUAAACGAACUAACAAAGACUAAGGUCAUUUUAGAAAAUUCCAUGAAGUCACUGGAGACGCAGUUGUCGAAUGCGGAGGAAGAAAUACAGAAAAAGGACAAACUGUUAACGAAAAUGGAAAUUGAAAUGAAGGAAUCAGACGCUUUAAAAACAGAAGAGAUACUGAAGCUACGGAAUAUAUUUGAAUCCGAAGUAGUAGUACGACAAAAGGAGAAUGAAGAAACGAACAAGCGAAAUAAAGAACUCGAAGAGCAGCUACAACGAUCCCAGGAUCUUUUUGACAAGCAGAUAGCCGAUCGGGAUGAAAAGGAAACCGCUAUCGGCGAUCUGCGAGUACAGGUGAAAGUUUUGAAAGAUGCACAAGUGGAGAGGGCAAAAGCGGAACAACAAUUACGCAACGAGGAAAUCAAGCAGAAGCAGAACGAGUUAAGUGGCGCGAAUAAGCGGAUCAAUGAACUACAGAGCAUGGUAUACACAUUGGAGAAAAGGCUGAGGGAACAAGAGACGAAGUCAGCGGAUCUAGCGAAAACCAUGGAGUGCAAUGAGCAAGAAGUAGACAAGAACGUGCAAAACCUCAUGGAGAAGCUGAAUGUUGCUAAAGUGGAAGAGACGCGACUCCUGGACGAGUUAAGUCGGUUGGAAAAAGAAAAUAAGCAAGUUACUGCAAAAUGGAUAGAAGCAACAAAUCAGUUGAAACUGACGCAUGAAAAUAUGAAAAAUACUUUUGAUGCAACAGGAGACAUAAGGCAACAUAUCGUUACGAAGGAUGCAGAUAUCGCGAAAUUACAGGAAGAAAAUGACACCGCUAAGAGUCAAAUAGACUUUUUGAACUCUGUAAUAGUCGAUAUGCAACGUAAGAAUGAAACUCUUCUAUGUAAAAUCGAAGUCCUCGAGAUGGGAAUACCAACAAACGAGGCCGACGACUACAAUCGAAGUACUUUGGACAAACGAAUGGCGGUGCCUCGUAUGUUCUGUGAUAUUUGCGAUCAGUUUGAUCUGCACGAAACGGAGGACUGUCCUCGACAGGCUCAAGAUUUCUCGGAAAGCACCGAGAAAUUGCCGAAAUCAUCGAAAAAGCAAUCGGUGGAACGACCGUACUGCGAAAACUGCGAGAUGUUUGGACAUGACACGCGUGAUUGUGACGACACCGAAACAUUUUAACGUUAUAUUAUUGUUCGUAAACCAAUACGAUCCAUUGCUUGCCAAGUAUCUCGUAUCUGUAAAGAGAUCUGUUAGACUUUACAGAGUAUAUUUUUGUAUGGUGAAUUUCUCAAUUGAAUUCGAAUAAGUCUUCCCACAUAGAAUGGACAUCGGCAUAGAACUUCCCGAUGUAUUAUAAAAAUUUAUGUUCCCUUCAAAUGACGUUAUUCCCACAUAAAUUAAAAUGUCCUUUACUAAAAUUUAAGAAGUUUAAUAAUUGUUAUAUCAUUUUGUCUUAUUACAGUUAGAUUAGACAUUAAUUUAUUUUUUAAUAAUUUAAUAAUGAUAACAAUUGUUUUCUAUUCAAUUGUUUUUAAUAUUCCAUUUGAAGGGAACAUACAUUUGUUUUCCAGCUUUAACCUGUUUUGUAACAUCGAGACGAAUUAUGUAUAAUUUUGUGUAUAUACUAGAUACUCGAAUUAACAUUUAAUUCUAAUAUUUAUUCUCCGCAUUUCGAGCGGCUUUAAAGAAAAAAAUAGUUCCUGUAAUACCAACUAUAGUAAAAGCGCAGUUUACAAUAUAAGACUAUUCGAUUAAUCGACGCUUCUAAUUCGACCGCAAUAUAUUCGGCUUUCCACUUUACAGUCUUCGUCUAAUACGUAAUGAAAAAAAAAAAAAAACUAGCAU